GCAACAGCCAAGUCCCUCAUUGCUCCCCAAUGACUAAGAAACUUUAUUCGUUGGAGAAUAAUGGCACUAUCGAUGGAAUUCUGAGAAGGAAAAUCAAUAUGCCUGUGCUUGAUAAAUCUUAUGCCAAGCAGUUUGAAAUGGCUCAAAAGAGCAACUCCCAGACUCCAUUUGAUACUCCUGAUGAUCGAGAACUAUGCCAGGAUAAAGAAGGCAGCAGUAAUCGUGAGAAAAUCAAGGCUCCUGAAAUCACCUUCCAAAGAAAGAAAAAGAAGAAUUUAUAUAAAAAUAUCAAACUCAAACCAUGAAAAGAGUCAGAAGUCAAAAUCUUGCCUAAAGCUGCUGCAGCUCCAAUCCCUGCUAUAUAUAAAGUAGAGGAUAUAUCAAGCAAGCAUUUUCGAUUUAAUAAGCCUUUAUUUACAAAAUUUGAGAAAAUUCCUGACCAAGUAGACACAAACCGCUCUGCGGAAUCAAAGGAUGCUCCUUUGAGGAGUAUAUUUAAUAGCACUUCAGAGAAGAAACAUAAGAGAUACACCAAGAAUCAUACCUCAAAGUUCUCUGAUUAUCUAAGACAAAAGUCCAUUCUCCCUGAGUUCAAAGAGGGGAAUACUGGCAGCAGGAAGAAACUAGAUUUAGCUGGCUCCAAACUUGAGAAGGCCAAGUUAAGACCAGAAGAGGCCCGCCAAAGGGACACUGAUGAAAAUCUGGACUUCAACCCUCAGCAGAUAAUCUUUAAGACCACAAAUGACUCUCGAGAACAAGAUGAUAAAAUUAAAUAUUAUUACAAGAGAAAUCUGAACAUGUCGGUUGAGCUCCAGAAGGAUUCUUCUAGAGAGAAUCUCCAUGAAGAUUAUCAUAUAAAUCUUUACUCUAUUCCUCAUAAGCUCAAGGCCCAAAAUUCAGACGAAAGGAGGAAGGGGAAGCUCUUUAAGUCCAAGUACUCCCAGGAGGUACAGAACAUGAAGUUUGAUAAUGGUACUGUCUCUGGAUAAUCUUUAGAAAUUCACGGUACAAAACUUAGCAUCGGUAAGUCAUUGCUUUACCCUCAGAGGAAAAUAAGUAUAUUGCUGGCACCAAAUUUAUGAAGAACCAAGAUAUUAAUUCAUUCAGGUUCGCUCCUAAGAGGAAUAUAAAUGUUGCUAGAGACUCACUUGAAAAGUUUGGCGCCAAGAAGCGUCAAUUUAUCAGCGUAUAGUCCCUUGAUGACUUACAGCCAUUGGUGAAUUCCUCAAUUGGUCAUCUAAAUUUGAGUGCCGAGAAAGUCCGAAAUCGGGAGGACAGAAUCAUGCCAUUUUCUACUAAAUCUAUCAAGUCGAAAUACAUGUUGCCAAGGAAGGAAAGCAACCAGAGGAUGUAUAGCGUUAACUACUUUGGGUCAAGGAUCCAGGAUAAGGUUGAGAAAUUCCAACGCGAGCAUCUCCUUCAUUUCGACCUCUCAGAUAAAAAUGAUACCAAGGAAAUCCAAUGAACCUCUGAAAUUUUAGGCAAGAAUGCUAAUAUUAAGACGAAGGAAAGAAGAAAAAACCAUUACUCGCAAGUAAUGAUGGGCAGUGGCAAGCUGUUCUUUAAUAAGUAGUUGUCUGAGAGAAGAC